AUUUGAAUUUAAAUACCAAGAACCCUGAUAAAGAAUUUGUUGCUUUUGUUCGGCUGCAGUGAGCCUGAUUCUAGACGCUGUAUCUGAGAUGAGGGCCUCUGUUCUGCUCUGCUUCUGUUUUUGGAUGAACUCUGGUGCUAUUGCUGUUCAGACCGAUCAGAAAUGUGGUGCCGCUCCGCCGGUGAACCCAAUGGUUCAGUUCCUGAGGGUGGUCGGAGGAACCCAAGCUACACAUGGAUCCCACCCAUGGCUGAACAGAGGCUCUCAUUUCUGUGGAGGAGCCAUUCUGACGGAGAGCUGGGUCCUGACCGCAGCACACUGCUUCCCAUCACUAUCAAAAGAAUUUCUGGGUGGCGUGUUGGUUCUGGUGGGAGAGUUUGACCUUCGAGUUGAAGAAGAUGAGCAAGUCUUUAAGAUCAAGUCUGUUUCAGUCCAUGAGAAAUACAGUCCAGCUUUUCCAAUGAACUAUGACGUAGCUUUGGUGGAACUGGAUCAUCACAUCACAAUGGGCAAGUUUUCAAUCUUUUAA